CAGUUGUCGGCCUGGCGGCAGGAAGAACGGUCUAACCGCGUGCGUACCUACUGUGAAACGAAACGUCACAGACUCGUAAGCACAUCUGUCAAAUUGAAUUUAUUUUAUUUUUCAAUGUUUUGUUAAUGAAUUAAAAAAGUUAUCUCUAUUUGUAAAAUUCAGAGCACAAUUAAUUUCGAUCAGUGUAUAUAUUAGAACAGUAUAUAAAAGACUAAACCGUUAAAUAUGGGAUUGUGCAACUCGUUUUUGUGCUGUCAAAAUUAAACUUUUGUUAUUGUAAAGUAAGGUGUUAAUAUUCAUCUGUUUUCCCUUGAACUUGGUGUAAUUUCAAACCAGCCAGUGCCAGCUGGAAAGUGACUAAACGUUCUAUUUUCUGUUGUUGUGUGAAGAAGUAAGAAAAUACCUAAAGAAAUAUGUCGAAGGUCUCCCUGAAUAAUGUGCCAUCGAAUCCUCGUAUCAAUCGUUUGAGAACAUUUUCCAGGACGGAAAGUGAGACGUCAUGCGAAGAAGCAGCAAGACUGACGGCGGAAGGCGCAGCCGCAGACGCCGACGACGAUGAGGCCUACGACUAUGGAGCCCUGCCCCCUCCCCCCGACGGGGGCUACGGCUGGGUCGUGGUCUUCGCAUCCUUCAUGUGUAACAUGAUUGUUGACGGCAUAGCCUACACAUUCGGCAUAUUCCUACCAGAACUAGUAACUUACUUCGGCGAGGGUAAAGGCACUGUCGCGUGGGUCGGCAGUCUUCUAUCAGGAUUUUAUCUAGCGGCUGGUCCUGUAGUUUCGGCGUUAUGCAACAAGUUUGGGUGCCGAGCAGUUUGCGUGGCUGGGUCGUUUGUAGCAGCUGCUGCUUUCGUCCUAUCCACGUUCAGUAAAAGUGUCACCAUGAUGAUGAUCACUUACGGGUUGAUCGGAGGUCUCGGCUUCGGUAUGAUCUACCUUCCGUCUGUGGUUGCCGUGGGUUACUACUUCGAGUCCCGGCGAUCCCUCGCUACGGGUAUCGCUGUAUGUGGCUCAGGAGUGGGAACCUUCAGUUUUGCACCCUUAGCUGCCCUACUGCUCAAUGAAUUUGGGUCCUGGCAAAAUGCUAACUUGUUGUUGGCUGGCCUGAUCCUUAACUGUGCUGUUUUCGGUGCCCUGAUGAGACCUUUGGUCUACCCUAAGACAUCAGGCGAAAAGCCGCUACUACAGCGUAUGGCUGAAGAAAAGAGGUUACAAAUGGAACGAGGGUCCAUAGGAGGUUCAUACUUCGUAGUCCAGCUCCCAGACGGUACUAUGGAGAAGCGGUUGAAGGCGCCGCUAAACAUUGAUCCUGGAGUGCACUCUUCGCUAAACUUGGAAGCGUUGGCGCGAGUACCGACUGUUCCUAAUAUGCCUGGAGUACCGACUGUGCCUACUUUACCCACAAUCACUGAGGCUAAAGUUGCUGAUGAUGGCGAGGAGAAAAAGAAGGGCGAAAACGGCAACGUAACAGUAAACCCGCAACAGCAGUUGAUGUCCCGCAACGUAUCAUCCCCCGCGUUCAGUGCGCAUGCGCCGGGUCUGCCCAAGAACGGCUCCGUACCAUUCUUCGACAGGCAGCGCAAACAGAGCACUGGCGACAGGUCCGGUGAUAGAUUCAAACCGUCCCUGGCUGCAAUCAAAGCUACGUCCAAAACUUCAAUGAACAGUCAAUACAGGAAUGCUGAUGGUGACACAGAAAGCAUGAUGUACAAUUCUAAACUCUCGGUGUCUGGUCCUAAAGAGCCUUCUCGCAUGGUUCGCCCAAUGUCCAGGAAAGAUAUCUUCUAUUCAGGAUCUGUGCUCAAUCUACCUCAGUAUCAGAGCCAGAAGUCCCUGCAAGGAUAUAGGAACUCUGUACUGAGUCUGCCACAGAGUAGACAAACUGGGGACUUGGAGAGACAAGAACAAUACGACCUAUGCCCCUGUCUGUCGCUUCCUGACUCAUUCAAAUCAGCCCUAUCAUCGAUGUUGGAUGUAAGCUUACUACGCGACCCAGCCUUCAUGUUGAUCGGAGUUUCCAAUAUAUUCGGCAUGGCGGGACUCUACGUACCUUUUGUAUACAUCGUCGAUGCUGCUCGGCUUAGUGGUGUAGAACCGUCUCAAGCUUCGUUCCUGUUGUCAAUCAUCGGUAUAACCAAUACGAUCGGUCGUAUCGCCUGUGGCUGGGUGGCUGACUUCCCUUGGAUGGACUCGCUGUUGCUCAAUAACGUCUGCCUUGUUAUCGCUACGAUAUCAGUUGGACUGACUCCUUUCUGCACUACAUACGCUACGUACGUCGCUAUUGCAAUCGCUUUUGGUAUCGCCAUAUCUGGCUACAUCUCCCUGACAUCGAUCAUUCUAGUAGACUUACUAGGUCUGGACAAGUUAACGAAUGCCUUCGGUCUUCUGAUCUUGUUCCGUGGCGCGGCCGCCAUGAUAGGUUCCCCCCUCGCCGGCGCCGUGUACGACGCUACUAAGAAUUAUGAUGCUUCCUUCUACAUGGCUGCCGCAUUCUUCUUAGCUAGUACUCUCACGUCUUUUGCUGCGCCUCUGUUCCGCAGAAAACAAGAAGAAGUGCAGCAACCUAUGGACGUCUUAACCCCUAUUGACGAGGACUUGGAAGAAGGUGAGGAGGAGGACGAGGACGACACCCCCAUCACGAUGGGUGCCGCGCUAGCACAGCGCCCCCCCGCCAUCGUGCGCACCGCUGCCUCCCCCUCCGACCCCCCCUCGCCCGACCAACCAACCCCACAAAGAGAAAGCGUACUCUAAACCCACAAACCACUUACAAUCUUAAUUAAUAUCCGAUCUCAAUCCAAAAUCUUUAGAUUAAGUUCGAUUUUUGACAUUACUAGUUAGAAGUUUCUGUCUAUAAUGAAAUUUUGGAUUAUGAUCGAGUAUUAAUUUUCAAGGUAAAUCACGCAGUUCCACCGUUAGAUUAUGUAAUGUUAAUUUUAUCCUCUGAUCAUUAAGGAAGUCCACUGCUGAACACCUCCCCCUCAAAGGGGGAAGGGGGCAUAAUCCUCACGUUUGAUAGAUUGUAAAAUAUUACACUAUUAUUCAAAGACUAUAAAUUUCCUACUAGCAGAUAAUAAUAGAGUACAAAAUAUUAUUGAUCGUUUUGUAUUUCUGAUUUAUAGAAGUCACAAAAGCCAAUUUAGGUAGUGGAAAUGCAUUUUUGUAACAGUAUCACUUUUGAAUAUAGUGCAAUAUUUUAUUUUUAUUUAUCAGAACUCUAAACAAAGUUAUCAAGCUAACAAUCAACGGUUUUCUUAAUAACUUUUUUAGUGUUUAUCAGAGGGUAAUCAAAAUUGACAUCUACGGCGGUGGUUAUAAAAUUUAAUAUGACCUGUAGAUCAGGAAACAACUAAUCUUAUGAGAUAAACUGUUAUGAAGAGUAGUCGGCUGAUUAGGUGAGAUAGAACCUUUAUUUUUUCGUCAACGAUCUCUGAUGUAUUUUAAAUGAGGAAACGUAGUACUUACUUUACUUUUCAUAAAAUUAAACUUUUCGUCUUCCUAUCGAACCAGUACGUUUGAGUACUAGUUAGUAAUUAUUCGAAAUUAUUACUUUGUACGUCGAUUUGAUAUCGCCAAAUUGAUGCUACGUUAAUGCCGAUUAGCCGACGGUAUUCUACCUCCAAAUAUUGGGCGUCUUAACGAAAAUAUAGGUGAUUUGAUAUACAAUUAGAUUUCACGAACCCUUUUUAUUCUCCAAUAACUAAAAUAAUACGAUCUCACUAUAUUGGAGACGCUGUGAUAAGGUUUCUUGAAAUCCAUUAGGUAUUUAUUAUUAUGUCGUAUAUGUACGACACGAAAAGGAGCCAACGAAAUGAAUUAUUUUCUAACAGUAAUGUACAGUGCUAUUAAAUAUUAAGUUAAUAUUAGAAAAUAACUCAUUUUGUUGAAGAAAAUAUUAUGAAACAUAAAUGCGAAGAUUUAUACGAAGUUACCAUAAGUUAAUGACAUAAAUAAUAACUGGAAUUGACUGCAAGCAAUAAAGCGUCUAUGUAUAUUCGCUUUGCAUUUCGAAAAUAGAAGGGAUAUGUGAGGUUCUGUAUUCCAACGUGCCAUAUAUGUGUCGUGGUGCUACGUCAACAAGCGAUGUUUAAACAAUCAUGUGUAACUAAUACUCAAACUGCAGUUUUUGUGAUCAGAAACUAAAAAUGUCCAUAAUUGUCAUUAGCAAUAAUGUUAGUACUUAUAGGCUAUUAAGUACUUAGAAGAUAUAGAAUGAUACAUAGAUAUGUAGGCACUAUUCUCACCUUCUAUACAAUCAUAUCAUACUGGAUUGAUUUCUUUCGAAACGGACAAUAAGAUUAUAUAAAGAGGUCUAAAUUUAUUCAUGUUUUCAUUGACAAGAGUUUUAAAUCGAUUUAUACAAAUAUAACAAUGUAAAUAGAUGCACAGUUGUAAAUAUAAGUUGCGGAUAGGCGUCGGGUACUUAGUGAAACAAAUUUUAUGUCCCGUUGGUUAUGAAGCGGCUUAAUGUUAGGACUCUUUCGUCGACACUUGAUGAAUGUACUGACAGUUAGUAGGACGUGCAAUAGAAGUGUGUCAUAUUUUAAGGGUCAUACUUCUAGUUGCUCCAAAUAUUUUAAUAGAGUAGCUAUGAGUAGUCGUCUUGGACCUAAAGUUAUAUAAAAUGUUUGUGUAUCUAUUUGGAAAAUGGUACCUUAAAGUAUGAACACACUUUUCUAUUACACUUAGGUAGCGCCAGUUUUCAAUAUGACUCCUUCUUGGUAUGAAUUUUGAAACGAGGCAAGGGACUAUCAAUUUAUACGAUUAAACCCUAUUAACAUAUUUUAUAGUGUGUGUACAUCGUGUUAAUGUAGCAUUUUGCCUUUAAACUUGCUAGAAUAUGAUAACUUUUCGAGCUUGGCUUUUUUCUAUACGACUCAACGACGAGAGAAAUGUAUGAAGCAGAUCUUAAGCGUCAUUUGCGUACAGUUAUUUUUGAAAGUACAAUGCGCAUAGUGACCGCUCCCACUAAAUCUUUGACAUUGUAUAGAACUCCUGUAGUGCCAUUGUGACGAACAAGUACUUGUGUAAAUCCGCUAAUAUUAAGUGAGUUUACAUAGAAGUGAGGGAAUGUAACGCAGUCAAUUUGUACGAGCAUCUAACACAAUACCAAACACUCGUUAGGUGUCGUCAUAGGCUUAUGUACUUGCCACAUUAGUAUGUAUAUAUCUGAACUAUAGGAUAUAUAUUUUUGUCAUAGAUAUUUUUUCUGUCAAUAAACUGCAUAAUUUAGCUUUAAGCAUUAGGUGUACUCUAUCAUUAGGACGUGAAAGGAAAUUAGAUGUUAGGAGAUGGUAUAUUAUGUGAUAAAAGUGAAAAAAUAUUGAGAAUAUUAUAUUUCUUUUUUUAACAACCUGUAUUGUAUGCCUAUAAGUAAAUGAUAAUUUUAAUGAAGUUUCUUUUAUAAGAUAAUGUAAUCUGAUAUGACGUUACAAAGUGUAUAGAACGUAUUAAGAAAUAUUCAGAAAAAAUAUGAAUUAAUGUUACUGUUGUUAUAUAGCUUUAUGUAAAAACCAAAAGUGUUAUUAUGUUUUUAAGAUUAAAAAUUAUUUAGGUGUCGAAUGAAGGUAACCGAAGUAUCGAUGCAACCGAAGAGUUUAUAGUUGGUCGUAAUGUGACAAAGUAAAACCAACUCUGUUGACUACAUAUUUUGGUCUAAUUUCUACGACCGUGAAUACAAUCAUGAAUUUGUAAUAUCUCAUGAUUAUUUUUAGAGGCGAUUUUUAUGUAUUAACUUUGAACGGAGAAGCACAUAAUUAUAUGGUGUCAUUCUAAGUGAAUGUCUUUAUAUUAUUUAAUUACAUUUUGAUUCAGUAUUGGCUCAAAGUAUUGUUUAUUCACAUGAUGUGUUAUUGAGCUGUUUACCUUUUAGUUAAACAUGUGAUUAUGUAUUUGUUAGAUAUGUUUUGAUGAGCGCAUGCAUUAAAUUAUGAAUUAUUAAAUAAUAAAAUCGAUAUAAUAGUUUUAUUUUGACUCGUGUGUGUAAACAGCUCAGUCAAUGUAUUUUGUAGUUAGCAUUUUAACUGUGUGUAGCAUUAAAUCGUGUUUUUAGUAGAACUUUUGCCUUAGGCAUGGUUUAUAAUCGUGUAAUGUAAAAUUAACAUGGUAAUAGUAACUUCAUAUUAUGUCUGAAUUGCUGUAUUUUCUUUUGUUUUGAAUUAUUUAUUAACGUUCUCAUCAGCUCAAUUUGUAUGGAGAGAACAGAUUAAGUCACAAACUUGUUCUUUUAGCUAUUAACAUGGCUUUACUUCACAAUACAUUUGCCUCAAACAAUGCUUUUCUUCUUACUGUCCUUAUCAACUUAAUUGUGGUCGGUAAAAUGUAAUUUUUUCUCUGAUUGGUUUAUCCUACCACAACUCGUUUCUUCAAUUUUUAUAUUGAUAUAGAAUCAAAAGUUUGUAAUAUUAGAUACAAAAAUAUAUAACUUGAAAGUUGAAACAAAAUCAACUACAUUCAGUUAAAAUGUUAAUGAAUAAAAACGAUGUUAAUUCAAUGGAGCCUAGCGCACGCUGGCUUGCGCUAAUGGUACAUGAUGCAAAGAAGCUUAUUGUUGACAAAGUCCACCGAAAUCUUUUGUAAAUAACAGAUUCAUUAAAUGAUAAUGAUGACUGA